GAGGGGACUGGCGGAGGGUGUGUGUGUGUGUGCGCGUGUGUGGUGUGUGUGUGUGUGUGUGUGUGCGCGGCUCCCUCUGCCUCACACGAGAGCACUCCGAUGUAGCUGCUCUCGGUUUUUGGGGGGCGAGCCCAUCUUCCCCCGCCUGCCUCCUUCGGGGGGAGCAGCACCCGCCGGGCCAGGGGGACAGAGAGAGAGAGAGAGAAGCGUGUGGAGAAGAAUCUAUUUUUUUUAUAUUUUUUUUUUUUUUAUCCCUCCCCCUUUUCCUUUUCGCCGGAUGAAAAUGUUGAGUCCUGCGAACGGCGAGCAGCUUCACCUCGUGAACUAUGUGGAGGAUUACCUGGACUCCAUCGAGUCGAUGCCCUUCGAUCUGCAGAGAAAUGUCUCCUUGAUGAGGGAAAUUGACGCCAAAUAUCAAGAGAUUCUGAAGGACCUGGAUGAUUACUAUGAAUUUAAACGAGAGACAGAUGCCGUGCAGAAGAGAAGAAUGUUGCAUUGCAUACAGAGAGCGCUGAUUCGGAGUCAGGAGCUGGGUGACGAGAAGAUCCAAAUCGUCAGUCAGAUGGUAGAGCUUGUUGAGAACAGAACCCGGCAAGUGGACAGCCACGUGGAACUGUUUGAGACGUGCCAAGAGACUAACGACACCACUGGGAACAGCGGGAAAGCCAGCCAAGAUAAGUCAAAGAACGAGACAAUCGCCCAGGCUGAGAAGCCCAACAAUAAGAGAUCAAGGCGGCAAAGGAAUAACGAGAAUCGAGAAAAUGCUUCAAAUAAUCAUGAUCACGAUGACAUCACCUCAGGAACUCCAAAGGAGAAGAAAGCAAAAACAUCCAAGAAGAAGAAACGAUCCAAGGCUAAGGCAGAGAGGGAAGCUUCUCCUCCAGACCUUCCUAUUGAUCCCAAUGAGCCAACAUACUGCUUAUGCAACCAAGUCUCCUAUGGAGAAAUGAUAGGAUGCGAUAAUGACGAGUGCCCCAUCGAGUGGUUUCACUUUUCCUGUGUGGGACUCAAUCAUAAACCAAAGGGCAAAUGGUACUGCCCCAAAUGUCGAGGAGAAAAUGAGAAAACUAUGGACAAGGCAUUGGAGAAGUCAAAAAAAGAAAGGGCCUACAACAGGUAGUUUGUAGACUUUUCACGGCAAAGAAAAACAAAACCACCAAACCAGUGUAUUUAUUGUCAGUGUCACCUUUGUUGAGGUGAAAGGAUUGUAAAAUGUAUAUUUUUAAAGGAGGUUUAAAACUGAACCAUUCCUGUUAUAGGGACGGCAAUAAGAGCAAUUUUUGUUUUUCAUUUGGUAAGCUGUAACAAGAAUGUGGUCUGUGGACCAAUGUAUUCCAAAAGUAAAGUUAUAAGAGUAUAAACCGAAUAUUCAGGUGGGUCUUAAAACAGAAAUUAAUACUUCUUUUUUUUUCCUCCCAGUGCUGGUAGCACUCUACCCAUUAAAAUUUUGAUGACAAAUAUUUCCGAAAUGUAAUUUCUUUUUCUUUAAUGAAGAAUGUUAUUUACAUUUGAACGGAAUUGUUAAAUAGCUUAGCCAUCUGGUUGUAUCUGAAUAAAGCUGCAGUACAUCACAAAUGUAACUUCUUUCGGUGAUAAGCAGAGCGAGAUCAA